AUGCGCUACACGCACGCCUUGGUUCCAAGCUUCCCGCAAGUACUGAAGCUUGAAAAGAAGCAAAACAUCGAUAUUGAACUUUUACGUGGAGAGUACGCCGCUUUCCUCGAUCAUUUGAAAGAAGCUGGUGAGAUUUCAUUCAUUUCGAGAAUAACCGACUGGAAAGAAAUCAGUUUUUACCGGAAAAACAUCACCUUCUAGCUUAUCCACAAGUUUUUGUUCCAGGCGUCAACCUUGUCGAGUUCCCGACUUCGACGAUUUCUUCUUCUUCGAUGUAUCUUGAAGAAAGCGCCGUCGUUAUCAAUGGAACCGCGCUCAUCUGUUCAAUUCCUGAAAACCUGUGUGUUCGAGUGGAAGAUGUGAGUUAUACUCCUAUUUUUUUCAAACUUCUCGAGUUUCUUGAUCCAUCCAAAGUUUAUACACAAAGUUGAACCUGUUUGAAGUUACUUGGAGAGACCAGAUUCGUACUCUCCUCGCUCUACACACUGUCUGAGGACCUGUGCGCUGGCAUGCCAAUAUCAACAAAAAACGGCAGGCCAGCGCACAAGUCUGGUCUCUAAUUUUACCAUACUCUCUGAACUGGUGCAUGCGAGCAGGUGUGCCGUUUCUUUUUUUAGAUGCGCGCGGGCAUGCCGUUCUCCCCCUGAGUAGGAUCGCAAAAGAAUAAAAUAAAAACAACAGGCAAAAAAUGAAGAGGAAAACGUAGAAUGGCUGAUUUAACCAUUCCAAGGCGUCUUUUCGAGAUUUUUUUUGAUCAAAGCUCACAUGCGCCAGGAAACCUUCGAGAAGUUGUCUUUAAUAACCUCAUAUAUCAAUAUUCAGCUUGUCUCUGCCCUGGAGAACCUUUCCUGGACUGUGCGCCACAUCCCUUUGAAGUUCAAAGGGAAGAAGGUCCUCCUCAACGCAAGUGAUGUAUUUUUCACUGGAAAGGAGGUUCGGAAUCACUUCUAUCUCUAAAUGUACGCCAAUAUUGAUUUUCAGAUCUUCGUCGGCGUCCACAAAAACUCCACUAACAAAGAAGGAGUGGCGGUGAAUCACCAUCACGAACUUCUUGAACAUACUUUUUUUCACAGGUUCUCAGCGAAACCUACUGCGACUACGCUGUCAUUCCGGUGUACAUGUCGGACAAGGCUUUGGCUUUGAAAAACUACAUUUCUUUCUGUGCUGAAGAAGUGUUGGCCAUCGCAAGCGGCAAGGAGGCCGACGCUAUUUUGAAGGCUAGUUUUUUUUCUGAUAUAUAUUUUGAACUAACGAAGUUGUGGCACAAGAAACUGCUCACUAACGGGAUUUUAAAGUUUUUUAUGGAAACUGGGCAAUCUUACAUUGAUGAUGAUUUUAAUAGGAAUCGUAGAAGUUAUCGGAAGUUACCUGAAAAUUAUAUCUAUGUACUAAAAGUUUUGAAAAAAAUCCAGUCAGCAAAAACUUACUGUCGAAAUUUGAAUCUUGAAAUAAAAGAGGUAGAAAAAAAUUACCGAAUUGAGAACUAAGUCCCCAGCUGACUUUGUAAAUAACAAAGCUAGAAAAAAACUUUUCAGAGUAGUCCUAACUUUUUAAUAAUAUAUUUUUGUUUUUUUAUUUAUUAAUGUGAUAGACGUCUGGAACAAAAAUUAUUGAUGCUAUAACGGACAUUCGCCUCAUCAACAUUUUUUCAGCGUGUCGAGCGCGAGACGGCCUUGAUCUACAAAAAGCUGACUCUGAAAGAAUCUGAAGUGGCCAACUGCAUCUUCGUCAAUGGAACUCUUUUGUUCCAGCAUGACCAGAGUGUAGUCAGUUCAUCAUUCAAACUAUCCUCAGAUCUCUUCUUGUUUUCAGCAAUUCCUUCCUCUUGAGAAAGAGAAAAUCCGUCUCCAUCCUGUCAAUUCCACGCAACUGACCAAGGUGACAUUUUUCCGUAUUUUUAUUCUGAGCAUGAAUUCUUUUUAGUUAGCCCCGUACUUCAGCCGUCUUUGCGUCUUUGUGAAGAACAUUCAAACGGCCCGCGGUGUCGAAUUCAACUCCAACGACAUCACUCUUCGGGCCAUCUGA